AGGAGGAGGAGGAAGCAAAUAUCUCUCAUUAUAUUCUACUCUCUUUCACUUCUCAAUCUCUCAUCUCCCUUCUUCUCAUUCGCACAACACAAUCACAGUUUGCUCCCUCCUCCCCCUUCUUCUUCCUCGUUUCUCUCUCUAACCACUGCGACAUCAACCAGAAGAGAGAGAAAAUGGUAGCAGAAGCAGACGAUAAACGAACUCUCAUAUUCACUUACGGAACCUUGAAGCGCGGCUUCUCUAACCAUGUUCUCCUCCAAGAUCUCAUCCGCUCCGGCGACGCCGCCUUCGUUGGCGUCUUCCGCACGGCUAACAAAUACCCGCUUGUCUGUGGGCCCUACCGAGUCCCCUUCCUUCUGAACUUCGUCGGAUCGGGUCAUCAUGUCCGAGGCGAGCUUUACUCCGUGACGGCGCGUGGACUUGCCAAAAUGGACGAGCUCGAAGGCACCACGCGCGGCCACUACGAGCGCUUGCCGAUUGUGGUGUUUCGUGAUCCGGCCGAGAACGACGGCGAUGGUGAGGUGGAAUUCCGAUCGAUCGAGAACGAUGAUAUCGGUGACGGAGACGGAUCAUCAGGGCUGACGUGCGCGGCGGAGGCGUACUUCGCACACAAAAGCUACGCGGUGGAGCUGUGGAAGAAGAAUGAAAAGAGAGGGUUUGAAUGUUACACCGAGAAAGAGGCGAAAGGUUAUGUGAAGCGCAAAGAUAGGCCUCAGAAUCUGACGUUUCUGGAUCACAUUCGCUUGUUUGUUACUUCUGACUGAAUCACUGCAUCUAUUUUUUGCCCUUUUCGUUUCUUAGUUUCUCGCGCGAGAA